AUGAGAGAGAUUAUUCAUAUUUCCACAGGACAGUGUGGUAACCAAAUUGGUACUGCCUUCUGGCAGACCAUCAGCGAGGAACACGGCAUUGAUGCCCAGGGUAUCCACAAGGGCUCCAACGAUAUCACUAAAGAAAAGCUGGACGUUUAUUACCAGGAGACAAACCGAAAGUAUGUCCCGCGUUCCAUCCUCGUCGACCUCGAGCCUGGCACUAUGGACACGGUGCGCUCGGGUCCGCUAGGUGAUCUUUUCCGCCCCGACAACUUUGUUUAUGCGCAAUCCUCUGCUGGUAACAACUGGGCUAAAGGUCACUACACCGAGGGCGCUGAGCUCAUUGACCAGGUUAUGGACGUGGUUCGUCGUGAAGCCGAAGCAUGUGAGUCGCUGCAAGGCUUCCAAAUGACCCAUUCGUUGGGCGGCGGUACCGGUUCUGGUCUGGGAACUUUGCUUGUUAGCAACUUGCGCGAUGAGUUCAACGAUCGUAUGCUCGCUACUUACUCCGUGGCUCCCUCCAGCGACUCUGAUACCGUCGUGGAGCCCUACAACUCUAUUUUGGCCAUGAAUCAGUUGGUCGAGGUUGCCGAUGAAACUUUCUGCUUGGAUAACCAUGCUUUGUACAAGAUUUAUCAGAAUACCCUCAAGGUCCCGCACCCCAAAUACGAGGACUUGAACCAGCUUGUUGCUAGUGUCAUGUCUGGCGUAACCACCUCUCUCAGAUACCCCAGUCAGCUCAACAGUGAUCUCCGCAAGUUGGCUGUCAACUUGGUUCCCUUCAAUCGCCUCCACUUCUUCACAGUCGGCUAUGCUCCUCUUAUGGCUGCUGGCUCUCGCUCCUUCAGCUCUCUUACUGUUCCUGAGCUUACCCAGCAAAUCUUUGAUGGCCGUAAUGUCAUGGCCGGCGCUGACCCUCGCACCGGUAAGUACAUGACCUGUGCUGCUUUCUACCGUGGUAAGGUGUCUAUCAAAGAAGUUGAAGACCAAGUCGCUCUGGUUAGACAGCGCAACCAGUCCAACUUUGUCGACUGGAUUACUGACAAUGUGCAAACUUCCAUCUGCUCGGUCCCUCCCAAGGGCGUUGAUAUGACCGCCACAUUUGUUGCAAACUCCACAUCCAUCCAAGAGUUGUUCCGACGCGUUCACGACCAGUUCCAGAAAAUGUUCAAGCGUAAGGCUUUCUUGCACUGGUACACUAAUGAGGGUAUGGACGAGUCCGAGUUUACUGAGGCCGAGUCUAACAUCACUGAUCUUAUUCACGAGUAUCAGCAGCACCAGGAAGGCUCUUUCGAAGACGAGGAGGAGAUUCUUGAGGAGGACUACAUGACCGAGAUGUAA